GUCAAUACACUUAUUAUUUAUUGUCAAAUGUUUUGUUUUUAUCAGCAGUUCUUAAAGUAUUUCGAAUUAAAUAUUUGCGGUAUUUCUACUAAGUUAUGGAGUUAACUAAUUCAAUUCAAACUGAGAACAGUUCUGAAGAUAAAGAAGAAACAAAUAGAAAGCGGCGAAAUCCAUUCAAUACACAGCUACGUAAAGACGAUAAGGAACGCCGACAGAAGAAGAAAGCUCGGAUCAUUGCGAGAAAUAUAAGUUAUAAAGUAAAAGAAGAUGCCUUACUUAAACAUUUUAGUCAGUGGGGUAAUGUGGAGGAACUUAAUCUUCUGAAGCGUUCUGAUGGAAAAUUAGUAGGUUGCGCAUUUGUGCAGUACAGUGGAGUCAACCAAGCUUCCAAAGCUAUCUUGAAAGGAAAUAAUAUGAAAUUCCUCGGGCGACCACUGUAUAUCGAUUGGGCAUUGGGUAAAGAUGAAUAUACGAAUAAAAAGAAAGGUCAAAAUUCAGGAGAACCAGAUGAAAAGAAACCUAAAAUAGAACUAAAGGAAGAAAACGAAAAGGAAUCACGAGACUCUUCUAAUGAUGAGUCCGAAAAUGCUGAAGAUGAUGAUGUACAAGAAAGUGACAACGAGGAUGAUGAGCACAGGACAGAAGACGAUUAUUCGGUUUCAGAUGACAAGUCCAAAUCAAAAUUAAAAAUUAAACAGGUGGACCAAGAAAAGCACAAAUCGAAUGAUGUGCAAAAUGGUUGUACGGUAUUCGUAAAAAAUGUCAACUUCGAUGCAGUGGAUACGGAUGUACGUAAAGUAUUUCGCAAAUUCGGUCCCCUUUACUAUGCAAUUAUUAACCGAGAACCGAUAUCGGGUCACUCAAAGGGUACAGCCUUUGUUAAGUUUAAGAAUAAAGAAUCCGCCGAUCUUUGUGUACAAUCCGCUGGUGAAAUUUAUUUGAUGGACCAACUUCUUGAAAUAUAUCCAGCGUUAAGCAAGAAUGAAAUUCAAAACCAAGAAAAGUUCAAAUCAAAUAAAGAAGUUGCAAAGGACUCACGUAACUUAUAUUUAGCCAGAGAAGGGCUUAUUAUGGCUAACAGCAAGUCUGCUGAAGGCGUAUCUGCAUCCGACAUGACUAAGCGACACAAAUUGGAGCAAAUAAAAACUCAAGUGUUAAAAAAUCUUAACCGUUUUGUUUCAAGAAAUCGCCUUUCUAUUCAUAAUUUGCCUCUUAAUUUUGAUAACGAAAAGCUGAAAAAAAUGGCUAUGACUUAUACGGGCUACAGACCGCAUGAAUGCAGAGUAAUGCGAGAAAAUAAAAUUACACCUGAACAUCCAAAAGGGAAAUCAAAAGGCUUUGGAUUUAUGUCAUUCAGCACUCAUCAAGAAGCAUUAGCAGCCUUGAGAAAGCUUAACAACAAUCCAUCAAUAUUUGGAACUCAACAUCGCCCGAUUGUAGCUUUCAGUAUUGAAGAUAGAACAGUAGAAAAAAUAAAGGAGAAACGUAAAGAAAAAUCCAAACUAAACAAUCCAACUUUCAAAGAAAAAUUAGAAAAACGAAAAGAAAUGCGAAACCUGAAAAGACAAGGAAAAUUAAAUCAAAAUAAAAAAAUACCUCAAAGUGAUGAUAAAGCGAAACUAAAAAAACAUAUAAAAAAACUAGAAGAAUCGCGUACUGCACCUCAAACAAGUGUGAAAGACAAUGAAAUAGAUGUGUUCGGCGAUUUCGUUGGUACAGCAGCAAAACCUGGUUCUAACAUCCGUUUACGAUCAAAUAAAAAAAUUGCUGAACAGGCACAGGAUCAUCGAAAAAAUGUAAAAGCAAAUAAACGUAGAGAGAAAGCCAAAAAAAUUCGCCAAAUUCAUUUGGCUGAGCGAAACGAGGUUGAGAGACCAAAACAAGGAAAAAAAGAAGAACACGACGAUUUAGAACAUCUGGUGAAAAAAUAUAAGCGCAUGAUAGACAGUCAGGCUAACGUGGGAAGUAGCAGGGAAUAUCAAGAGAAAACAGAACAAAUCGUACCAAAAAGGACAAAAUGGUAUUUAGAAUAGUAUGUGGGCGUUUAGUGGUUUAAUAUGUAUAUAUAUAUAUAUACAUAAAUAGAUCCUUUGUUAAAUAAAAUUAAAUUUGGAAUAACAA